CUCUCACCUUCUACGUUCUGCUUUAAAUAAAUCAGCCUGUUCCAACCUCAUUUUUGUGUCAUCAUCAAGAGCACGAUUGCAAUCCCAUCCGAAUUCUUCGACAAGUCCGUCGUAACUGUUGCUCAAGUCAUGGAUCCUCAUUUGAAAGCCUUGGUCAAUCACUCCGUGACCAUGGCUACCGUAUUUUCCGCAGUCGUGCUGGCGGUUUCGUUUAUGACGGCGGCUAUCGACAUGCGCGAGGAUAGUAUGGCGCCAAACCCCCAAUGUCCGACCAAACCGAGAUUGCGUCUAAUCUUCUGGCUUCUUCUCUCAAUUAUCCAAUCAAUCAUCAUGCUCCUCUGGAUGGUAGGCUGCGUCUUGAUUGUGCCAGUCGCGACCGUGCAAAUAGCUAUUUACUGCCCCGUCGCGGUCAUAGGCUUUGUCAUCCAACAGACAAGCGGGCACCAUUAUGCCGCCGGAGUAGCUUCUCACAUCUGGGAUGCUGCUACUGGCUAUGGAGUUGCGCCUUCAACUUUGAGAAAGCGCUCCCUUGUUGCUACGGUCUGGCUUUCAGGUGGUUUUUGGCCGAGGCGGCAGUACCAAGACCCGGAAGCACAAGAGCUGAUGGACAAGUCUUCGUGCGGGGACGAAACCAAAGAAUGAGCGAUGGAAGAUCCUCAAGAGCGCAUCUUUGAGCUUUUUAAGGCUUGACAGCGACGAACAAGUUGUGGGAGGCGCUUGUGUAAGGUCGUUAUGCUGAGGAAUGGCACGGAACGGGAUGUGACGGCUUAGCAUCUAGACAAGUGCAGCAAAUGCGGGUGUUCUUCAAACAAUGGCGCAUGAUUUGGUCGCUAUUUUGAGGGGAUUAAAGGCUGGCACCAAGCUUUCAUAUCUACUCUCGGGUCUGACUUC